CAGCCGUCCGCAGGAACACUUCUUCAGCCGGAGCAGAUUCCCUCCGCGUCUCAGUGACUCUCUCUGGAUGAAACCCAUCAGAGCCACAGGAGAACUCGCGCUGUGAUAGAAGUGAGAACUUGGAGGAUCCAGAGGAAGUGAUUAAAGCCUCAGUCAUGGCGACAAUAGGGGACUUCGACCCGCUCAACUCCACCGUACCUGCGACCAAGAUAGAGAUCACCGUCUCCUGCAGAAACCUGUUGGACAUGGACACCUUCUCUAAGUCAGAUCCAGUGGUGGUGUUGUACAUACAAGGCCUGGGGACCAAGGAGUGGAGAGAGUUUGGUCGGACAGAAGUGAUCGAUAACACACUGAACCCAGACUUUGUGAGGAAGUUUGUCCUUGAUUUCUUCUUUGAAGAGAAGCAGAACCUUCGCUUUGAUGUGUAUAAUGUGGAUACCAGGAGCUCCAACCUUUCAAAACAUGACUUCCUGGGUCAGAUGUUCUGCACGCUGGGGGAGAUCAUCGGAUCGACGGGCAGCAGGCUGGAGCGGACACUCUCGUAA